AUUAGCCGUGGUUUCUGCCGGCCCCAUCUGCUUCGACACUCCGUGACGAGAGAGAGGACGAGAGGAAGGUUUGGAGCCUGACGAAUCUAUAAACUGGUAAAGGCGACAGUGAGAAGGCGAAAUCCAGGGGCCUCUGUUGGGGAAGAUCUCGAUUUUACGCCCUCCGAGAAGUAAUCGGGAACCUGGAUUUCGUGUGUUUGGUAGGCGGCAGAACUCGGAAUUCCGAUGAUAUCCGCCGCGAGCGGAGCUGAUAAUGACAAAUGCAUCAACCAAAACCUAUCUCAAGUUUAGGCUUGGGUCACUGCAAUUCAAUUGCACAGAACCAGCAAUUAGAAUCGAGUAACAAUACUAUGAGCCCAAUGAACGGAGUGAACAACUCCAAUAAUCCAAAUUUAGCCUCGAGACAGCGCUUAAGGUGGACAAAUGAACUUCAUGAACGUUUUGUAGAUGCUGUGACACAGCUUGGUGGACCAGAUAGAGCAACUCCUAAAGGAGUUCUUAGAAUCAUGGGCGUAGCAGGGCUAACAAUAUACCAUGUCAAGAGUCAUUUGCAGAAAUAUCGGCUUGCAAAGUAUGUCCCUGAGUCUUCAGCUGAUGGUACUAUGUCGGAAAAGAAAGAUGAUCGAAACCUGAAUUCAGGCCUUGAAAGCUCUUCUGGGAUGCAAAUAACUGAAGCACUCAAGCUGCAAAUGGAGGUGCAAAAGCGGCUCCAAGAACAACUUGAGGUACAAAGGCAGUUGCAGCUAAGAAUAGAAGCCCAAGGGAAGUAUCUGAAGAAGAUCAUCGACGAACAGCAGCGACUCAGUGGUGUGCUUGCUGACUUACCUGGGGCAGACAUUCCUGCACCCACUUCAGGUGACCAUUGCCCAGACUCCGAGAAGACUGACCCUUCAACCCCAGCUCCGACUUCAGAAUCCCCUGGCCAAGAUAAGUCCAUUGGUAGGGAACUUGGCGACGCCAACGGGGCCUUCAAGAGCAUUUCAUGUGAUGAUUCAUUCUCCUCCCGUCGUGAGCCAUUGACCCCCGACUCAGGCUGCCAUGUUAGCUCUCCUUCAACAAGCCCCAGGCAUGAGAGCUCCGCCAAGAGGCUGCCAGUCAGCAGCAAUUCAGGGCAUGGGAAGGCAGACUUGUUGCUUGCUCAUAUACUAGAGUCCAGCUCAGGCUCUGAGUUCCACCAAUGAUGCUUGAUGCUAGUGUCUGCUGAUCUGUCAGGCGCACUUCGAUCUGCAACGAUGCAGGGACCAUGUAAUAUUGUUUCUGGAGUAUUAAGUCAUGUAUGGCUUUAUUAAUCUCGUCUGGAGAUACGUUGUUAGGAGUAGAUGUUGGUUCUGCUUACUGUGUGACAUUAACAGUUGUAACAUUUAUGGCACCCUCAUUUCCAUCA